AGAUCUUCAGUUAGUAAAUUUAAUUUAUAUGUAUUUAUACUUAAUAAAUACAUAAACAAAGAGGCUAACGGAACUUGUUGAUCGGAUUCAACAGGUCCGAUGUCCUGGCAACGCACUGUAAACAGACCAAAGGAGCUCAAGUUCAGCUGUUGCAUUGGUAACGAACGUGCCACGGAAUGUUUUAUCGAUAGCCACCAAUGGACAAGGACCACGCCAUAACAAAUAGCAAAUUCCAAGAGCAGACAGUUCACCCAGCAAUGUCGCGCUUCAAAAACGUCUAAUAAUUGUAGAAAAAAACGCCCAGCGGGAUAGUGAGUUCGGGAUCGGAUAAUGGGGAAUACGGAGAGUAAUGUGACCAGUGGGGUCAAGAAGCAGGCCGGAGUCUCCACCCAGGCUCUGUACAAGUUCGUGAACCUCAAGGGCGGCGGCCUUCUGGUGGACAUGAUGAAAAGAGCUUGUCAAACGAAACAAUUUGCUGAGAUCGAUCACGCCAUUAAGACCAAGGUGGAGCCAUUUUUGUAUAACAAAGGGGCUGGGCGGUACUUCCCCAUCUCGAAGCUUGUCUUGCUGCGGAAUCGGGAUCGCCCACGUACUCGGCAGCUGCCCGAGAUUAGGGCCCUUGAGAAUCCUGACGAGGACUUCAACAUUCACGACUAUUGCCCUGAGGUAUCGGAGGCGGAGUAUAUCUCCAAUCCGACGGCGUAUCGAUUCGUCUGCUGGGAUCUGAAUAUGCGGGGUGCUGUGGGCGAAACCAUCCUCCAUUUGUGCCUGCUAAAUGCCUCCUCCUUACAUGCUGAUCUGGCCAAGAGACUGCUCAAAUUCUACCCGAAACUUAUCCUGGACACCUAUAUGAGCGAUGAGUAUUACGGGGAGAGUGUCCUGCACAUUGCCAUCGUCAACGAGGAUCCAGCCAUGGUGAAAUAUCUACUGGAUGCCAAUGCAGAUGUACAAGAGCGUUGCUGUGGCGCCUUUAUGUCAGCGGAGGAUACCAAGUUUUCUCGGACAGAUUCCCCAGAUCACGAGUACGUGGCCCUUUGUCCCAUGACCAACUACGAUGGUUAUGUUUAUUGGGGCGAAUAUCCCCUAAGCUUCGCUGCCUGCCUGUCGCAGGAGGAAUGUUUCCGUUUGGUUUUGGCACGAGGAGCCGAUCCAGAUUUCCAGGACACCAAUGGAAACACCGUGCUCCAUAUGCUAGUUAUCUACGAAAAGAUUGAAAUGUUCGACGUGGGUUAUGAGGUGGGAACGAAUAUUCAUAUAAAGAAUAUUCAGAAUCUCACGCCCCUUACUUUGGCUGCCAAGUUGGGACGAGUUGAGAUGUUCUUCCAUGUGAUGAGUAUCGAAAGAGAGAUUUACUGGCAAUUGGGCAGCAUCACCUGUGCAGCCUACCCACUCCUAAUGAUUGAUACCAUUAAUGAGGAAACUGGUAAUAUCAACAAGGACUCCGUGCUGAACUUUGUGGUAUUUGGAGAUAAAUUGGAGCAUCUGGAGCUGUUGGAUGGCGUGGUUAUUGAUCUACUAAAGACCAAAUGGGAUACUUUCUGCAAAUCGCGGUUCUACAAGCAGUUCUACAUGUUUGCCCUUUACUUCUUGAUCUCACUGUUUAGUUUUAUCCUGCGUCCAGGUCCGGACAACAAGGAGGAAGACGAGGAUGGCGCUAAUAGCACUACUGUGAAAAAUGAUUUAUAUAGGCAAAAUGGAUCGGAAUCUUAUCAUCGGCAGACCAAGAGGGGUUCUUUGACUACUGAAUACAAAACUUUUUGGCUUAAUUUUACUGAGUAUUACGAUCCAUCGGAAGUUGAAGUCUUGCCUGCUUGGUGGGAGAGCUAUGCCCAGUGCCCUUUGAUGAAUCUGGAAUCCGAUUUGGCUAAGCUUCGUAUCAUGGCAGAGCUAUUAAACUUCGUUGGAGCUAUACUAUAUCUUCUAGUAGCCUUGCGGGAGGCUCGUUUUCUGGGCCUCAAAAUGUUUAUUGAAAAUUUGAUGACGGCUCCUUCACGGGUUAUGUUUCUGUUUUCCUGUGCUUUGAUGAUGACCAUUCCCUGGCUAAGGGUUUCCUGUCUCACCGAAAUCGAUGAUCAUGUCACCGUUGUCAUAAUGCUGACCACUGCUCCUUAUUUUCUGUUCUUUUGUCGUGGCUUUAAAACUGUUGGUCCCUUCGUAGUGAUGAUAUACCGCAUGGUCAUGGGAGAUCUGCUCCGUUUCGUCUCCAUCUAUCUGGUGUUCGUGAUGGGUUUCUCCCAGGCCUUCUAUAUAAUUUUCCUAACCUUUGACAACCCAUCGACCCCCGAAGAUCAAGAUGCAGAGUCCAAUCCAAUGCCUUCGCCCAUGGAAUCCAUAGUGGCCAUGUUCCUGAUGUCUCUCACAAAUUUCGGCGACUACUAUGGAGCAAUGGUGUCCACGCAGCACGAGUACGAGGCCAAGAUACUGUUCUUCCUGUUCAUGGUGAUUGUGAGCGUAUUGCUGGUGAACAUGUUGAUUGCCAUGAUGGGUAACACCUACCAGAAGAUCGCUGAGAUACGUAACGAAUGGCAACGCCAGUGGGCCAGGAUCGUCCUAGUGGUGGAGCGAAGUGUACCACCCGCCGAGCGGUUGAAGAACUUUAUGCACUACAGUCAGUCGAUGUCGGAUGGCCGGAGGGCAUUGGUCCUGCGUUUGAAUAUGACUGAAGAGGAAAAGGAGGAAAUGAAGGAGGUCCAGGAGAUGAAACGCAUCCAUCAGCGUUUCUCCAAGAAGCGGCAAAUGGAGCGAGAAGCUCGUGCCCUUCGACGUCAGCAGGAGUAUGAGAAGUUCUUCGGCACCGCCCCCAAAUCGGAAAGUUCCGAAAACAACAACUUUUGAAAACCAUUUGGACAAAACCAGAGUCACUUAAAUUAGUUCAAGUUUUAUUGAGCCUUGUUAAAAUGUGUUCGUUUUGAGCAAUAAAUUUUAGUUUACAUUGCAAGUCACAGGUCAAAAAGAUAAGGUUUUGUAGUUUUAAGGGAAAGUGCUGUUUAAGCGAAGGGGAUAUCAACUUUCUUUACUUCUAAAUAUUUUCUUAAAUUUAACUUACUUUUUUAAA